GGUUAUUAAUGGUGUUUGGUUCUUGAAAGACACGAUCGAUAAUUGAGAGCGACUACGCAAUCAAAGGAUCAAGAUGGAUUGGAGAUGAAACCCAAUGACGAAAAACGCAACGUCUACAUCUCUGUCAGACGAAAGCAAAUAUAGAAAUGUCGGCUUCACUUGCUUUUCAGAUUGAUACUUGGCAUUGACGACAUCCAUCCGAUAGACGAUUCCUUCGAGUUUUGAACCAAGCAAUGCCCCAAAGUGUCUUGAGUCAGGGAGAAGCUUUCGUUGAUAAUACAUCAUACUUGGCAAUUGUGUGGUUGAUGAAUUCAAAAUGCUUGUUCUGAUGUUUACGCUGGACGUUUCAUAAUCCUCAUUGGAUUACUAACGUUGUUUCAGCAUCGGACGUCUGGUGUCUGAUCAACCACGGUUGGAUUCUUCCUUUCUAUCUAUCGACAUGAUGGGGUGGGAAAAGAUAGAUGAUAGACGUCAAAACAUUGGAUCAAGGAUCCCGCAUCGUUUCAAAGAAUGGAAAUCCUAGUGGAUGUGUCUGUGAUAUGGAUAUCAGAUUGCUGAUGAGCGAUGUACAUGCAUCGUUUUUAUGAAGAAUGAGAAGUAUUUUUGAGAGAUCAAAUGGGUGUGUGUUGAUAUUUAUGCUGAUCUUUAGUUCUAGGAAAUUGGCCACUACUUGCUGUUUGAAAGAAUGGCCAAGGUGUAUGUUCAGGUAUCAUAGUUGAUCCAAGAAAAGAACUCUCUAUCCUCCAUAUUUACUCAUCUCCCAUUGAUUUCAAAGCUUUCUCUAAUAUAUUUUUCUUUCCACUCCUUGAUUUUAUGAGACACUGGCUCAUUAUCUCCUCCAUGAGUUUCUUCGAAGUCGCGAUCUUAAUCCAUUCUAUUCUCCGAGUCCAAUAAUCCAAUGAAAUCCAUUUCGUUGCGAAUCUUACGAUAAUUACCUCAUACUUCCAUUUCAUACAAAUUAUCCAAAUGGGAGGAUUCGCUCAGUCGAGAUCGUUUCUCGGCGAUGCUAUAUCAAUAGCAUCAACACCUUUACGAAAUAGUUUCGAAAUAAGUUGUCGAUCUCCUGUGACGCCACGACGACCAUAUUCAAAUAACAAAGAUGAAGUGAAAGGAUUAUAUGUUGAUGUUGACCGGUCGAGAGGAAGCUCAAUAUAUGGGGAAUCGAAAUUUCUUCAAACGCCCCGGAAUUAUCUAUUAACACCAAACGGUCGGGGAAUCAUAAAAUCAAAAGAUUCGGAUGAUGAGGACGAACAAUUCGAUUCAUAUUCAGGUACUACUUUGGUAUCACCAGCCGAAUCAUCGACUUUUACUCCACGGACUCCAUCAUACAAUAUAGAUCCAAGCACACCUGAAGUCGCCAAACUCGGCACCUUUUCCACGAUAAAUAUAAUAGUCGGCAAAACCGUCGGAGUCGGAAUUUAUUCAAUACCCAGUUCCAUUCUCCAAUCUGUAGGAAGCGUAGGAGCCAGUCUUACAUUAUGGGUCAUCGGAUCUUUGAUUUCCUUUUGUGGUCUUGCAGUAUAUCUCGACUUGGGAACUGCGCUGCCAAGAUCCGGUGGUGAACGCAUAUAUCUCGAGAGGAUAUUUAGACAACCGAAAAUGUUGGCAACGUGUGCGUUCAUGAGUUAUGUUGUUCUUCUCGGAUUUUCGACCCCUAACUGUAUCGUUUUGGGAGAAUACAUAAUGUAUGCUCUUGAAAUCGAUGCUAAUAGAUGGAAUGUCCGUAGUAUUGCAGUAGCAGUCAUUACAUUAAUAUGUUUCAUCCACGCGCGCUACCAACGAACCGGUCUCCGUAUAAUCAACAUUCUGGGCGUGGGAAAAAUGUUCUUCGUGCUCAUCGUAAUUUUCUCCGGACUCGCUGGCCUCCUCAUGCGCAUCGGAUCCUCCUCCUCCAUCAUCCCCCGCCGUCUCAAUCUCCUCUCCACAGAAUAUAUCCCGGGAGCCCCACAACACCUCUCCACCGCCCAACGAAACUUCUCCCAUCUCUUCGCAAACUCCUCCACCCAGCCCCACGACUACGCCACCGCGCUCCUCAAAAUCCUCUACUGUUUCCGCGGCUACUCAACCGCAAAUCAAGUCCUUUCCUCCAUUCGAAAUCCCAUCCCCACUCUCCGCACCGCAGCCCCCAUUGCGCUUUCUCUCGUCUCGGCUGCCUAUAUCCUCGCCAACAUCGCUUAUUUUCUCGUCGUCGAACUCGACGAUUUUCGCUCCGCGGGGGUCGUAGUCGCGGGCCAUUUCUUCCGGAACAUCUUUGGUAAAGUGGUCGGCGAAAAUGUAUUACCUAUCGCGGUGGUAGUAUCAGCUUUUGGAAAUAUUGCCGCGACGAGUUUUGCGCAGGCGAGAGUUAAUCAGGAAUUGGGGAGAGAUGGCCUCUUACCCUUCUCUGAUUUCUUCUCGGGGAAAGAAGGGGAAGCGCCGAUUCCCGGAUUGUUUCUUCAUUGGUUUGUGAGUGUGUUGGUUAUUGUUGUGCCUCCGCCAGGAGAAAUAUACAAUUUCCUGGUGGAUAUUGGAGGAUACCCCGUUUCGGUCAUUUCGGUUGCUAUUAGUGGUGGUUUGUUGUAUUUACAACUUACACCGUCUGAGAAUUACGCAUCGCCUUUUCGAGCUAAGAAGGUGUAUAUUAUAGUUUUUAUGCUGAGUAAUUGUCUUUUGUUAAUAUUGCCGUGGAUCAAACCCGCAGAGGAGAAGGGGGAUGAAAGGUUUCCUUAUUAUGCGUAUCCGGUGACUGCAUUGGCGAUUUUGGGGAGUGGAGUGCUUUAUUGGGGAUAUUGGAGGGUGAGGGGUGAAUGGAUGCGAGGCAGUGAAGGGGGGUAUAGAGAGAAUGUGUUGGGGGAUAGAGGAUAUGAGGAGAUAGGGAGAGAGGGGCUGAAGAGACUGGAAAAAGAUAAUUGGAAGAAGGGAAAGAGGGAUGAUAAUGGUGGGGAAGAGGAGAAGGCUUUGAGGGAAAAGCUGCAGGUUAAGCAGAGUGGGAAUGCGACGGGCUCGGGCUGUGCAUGUAAUUGUGCGUGUACGACAAAGAGGAAUGUGGUUAAGCCUGUGGAUGUUGAAGAAGAUUGAGCUACUUCGAAUUCGAUUUAUGGGGGAAAGUAAGCUAGAAGCUGAUGAAGGCGUUUCCUUGAAUUUCGGGGUAAAGGGUAUAUACACAUAGCGUUGGCGUUUUAUUCUGUAGGGGAUAAUAGGAAACAACAUGGCAUGGCGUGGGAAGGAUACCAUUCAUCA